ACUAGUACCAUUUUGACUACGAUGAUUAUCAUUAUUCUUAUUGUUACUGCUCUAUACGAUAGUGGGCUAUGCCUCGUACUCGCUCGUUAGUAUGGUGCGAAUAGAGUGCAAGGUGAAAAUCCAGUCGCAUCUUACUCAAUGGCCCGACCCCGUGCUGACGAUCCAAAUAGUGAAGCUGCAAUUUCUAUACUGAUACGAAUGCCGUAUCGGAUCGGGGACGCCACGAUUGUGCGAGUGACAGUGCCGUUCUUACGCUGCUAUGCUGGAGACGUCAAGACGCUGCAGAAGCAGGGAUGACUCCGUCACUAGUCCCAGCAGUUGGGAGUCCGUCUCGAGUCUGUAUUUAUCUGUUUCUUCGUGAGUGUGUGGCGUAUUGAUUAGCAGGAUGGUGAUGCGCAACUGCCAGUAGUAGACAACGAUGGAGUGUCGACAAAUGGAAAGCGAAAGCGUUACCGACUCGGAAACAAGGAACGAUUACUAAGUACGAUACAACACAAAUAGAGAAAUUAAGCUGUGUCAGUCUAAUUCCCGGCGCCGUUUUAGGCGCUAUAGCCGCGUUCUUUAUGGUGGCCAGGUGGCGGCUAAAAGUGGAGGUAAACGAAAACCAAAAGGUCUAAGCCUGCAAGGAACUCUUCAACCGAAAAGGCAGGUUCGGUCCCCCGGCUACCGACCACCUUCAUCAAAUACGCGGGUAUUAAUAGCUGACGAUAGAGAGACAGCUUGUGCCAAUUACGAAAGCUUCUAGUCGUCGGAAUAGGUAGAAACCUACUGCCGGUCAGCUGGUUCGAAUGGGUUUUUAUGGCCUUUAUGAAUUUGUAUUUCAUUUUCGAUUACCUUGCUAACCGCAUCAACAACAAACGCACAGACAUCGCGACGAGGAACGUAGAAUAAUCUUUCGGUUCGUUCUUCUAUCGGAAACAAGCGCAACGCGACGCACUGUAUUCUCGCAACGUGGCCUCUUCAGCAUAAGGACAGAGUUCUGGAUAAAGCGUUUGUAAGUGAUGAGCCCGUGCUCUGGCAACAGUGAGAUCAGAGAACGAAAAUUGGUUGAAAAACGGCAAAGGAUAAAGCAUAGCGCCAAUUGCUACAGAGUAAUUGUUGCAGUAUCUUUCGACGGUGGUUCAUUAAUUGUGCUUAUUAAAUGGUCUGGUGAUAAUUAGAAAUAAUCAGUUUUGUCAUUCUUGUCACGCACCGCCGGCUCGAUAGUGAUUUUGUGUGCAGUGCUGAUAAUGGUGAAGUUGGUGAAUCUAUGGUAAUAAAUGUUAUCAAGAGUGGUAAUUAAUAAUGAUCGGUCAGUGUGCUUACCAUUGCGGAUCUUGGCUUCAUCCUUCGCUACCGCUACAACUAUAACAAACGCUAUAACACUACAUGAAAACGUCCGUCACAAAUAUCGAAAAAAAAAAAGAAAUCACACAAGUAAUUGUAAUUAUUAUAGUGCAAGACGAUAUCGGCAAGCAUCAUUCUAUCCUGGGCUUGUUACCUGCUUCAUCAAUCUUCAGACCACUUCCCUACUAGGAACUUUCUACAAUCCUCAACGAUAUUCAUACAACCAAUGAAACUAACUACAGCUCAUAUUCGCGAACUUAUCUGAACGUACUACCGCCGACGACCGAUAGUACUUCCGCAGGAUAUUUUCCUCUUCGUUCACCUGUAAGAACCGCAAGCAGACCAACCUGCCAUAGUAAAUAAUAAGUGGCUAAUCUAAUAUUGAAGAUAAAACGUAGCAGCAUAAGAAGAAUUAUAUUAUCUCACAUUUAUUCAUACGCUGUUCUAAUAGAUGAUGUUUUUGCGCUUCGUCAUCAGUGAGUCGUCGUGAGAAGAGACAAUAAUACAAUUGUCAUUGCAUUAUUCGAUUCCUUCAUCGAAGUAGCGAAACAGAUUACGAGCGUAAAAGACCUCAGAGAUAUAGCACCCCAACAACUACUUCAGCUCUUCGCGUAUUACUAUUACAUGCUACUAACAUCAAAGCCAGUAAUACGGAGAAUUUCUACUAGCAUUAAUAAUCUAGCAAAUAUCAUAGUAUUGUUCGCUAGUACGACAAACAGGACAAGAUCAACAAUAGCAAACUCGUUGCGGUGGGUUCCUGACUUUAUGCGGUGCUUUUUACAGUACGCUGACGGUGGCGUAUGGACUAAUAUGCGUGUAACUCUAUCGAGACAAAGAAUACCAUCAUGGUAUAAUUAAGGAUAACCAUCAGUUAUUCACUGUGGUCAGACAACAACGGAAUCAACGACAGAAGGAAAAAUAAACUACAAUAUUGAAUACGUAUGAUAGUAAAAUAAAUACAAUUAUAAUAAGAAAAAUACGAAGGUGUAACUGUAUGAGCUAUGCGACUACCUUUCCAUUCUCGGCUUCUCUCUUCGACAAAUCGCAUCUACAAUAACCGAAGCAUUUUGCAGCGGCGCGAGGGUAAAAGCGAAGGAAAGGAGGCACAAACGUGACAAAGAAAGUGACCCCUCUCGACUGAUAUACCCGUUUUACCGUAGCCGCCCGAACAACCCCACUGCGAGUGAAAACAGCUAAAACAGUUAGAUAUUACCGGUGGGAGAAUCAUCAUUUGUGGGGCGAACGAAACGGCCCGGUAUCAGGUAAAAUACGUCAGAGUUCCAGUUGGGGACGACGAGGGAGUUACCAAAGCUGCCAUCGCAGGCGUAUUUCUUGUAAAGGUGCAGCUAGAACUAAAAGACGAUACAGCAAGCACAGAGAAACGACUUUUCCCGGCCUGAGAAAGCCCAACAUCAAGGCGACCAGUGACGUCUUCAUUCUCCAGAAUUUUCUGGUAGCGGUGAAUGACGCGCGUGGACGACGUUCGAUUGAUAGGGAAGCACAGUUGAGCCUACCUCCCGCGGGAGCUUCUACUUCGAUAUAAGGCCAACGACACAUCACGAUGUGCACCCUAGCCAGGGUGAUCGAGCUGACAUCACUUCGCUCCCCGGGACGCGGUAACUAUUGUAGCAUUACGAGUAGUGCUGCAAGACGCCUUCAAGAGUUUGGCGCUCAACAGGAUCCCUGGCUGCGAUUACCUUCGUUGUCUUUGCAGUACGCGUUAUCGUCGUUAUCAUCCUUCUCAUCAUCAUUAUCUUUGUCAUCAUCAGUAAUAUCUCCAUUUUUGUCGUGGCUACCAUCGACAACUACAGCCGCGUCGUUGUUGCUGUGGGUCGGACAACAUGUCCCGGCCUCGAUCGCCUAGAAGGCACCCAUCGGUGGAGCGGAGCGCCGCUGGUGGAUUAGAGCAACUCAGCUCGAGUCGCAGCAGCGGCAGCGUUUACCACCCACGGGUUACCCCCACCGCCGCAGGACCAGCGCUGGUGUUGUGCUGUCGAGCAACAGAAGUUCAAGGAGACGACGAAGAAGAAGGGGAGCUGCCACCACGAAUACUACUAGGGGCAGCAGCAGUUAAAACUGAAGACUGCCGCCCGCCAAACACCAGCUGAGGUCAGCUGGUCGAAUAUCUGGACAUUUGGAGACAGUGACGACUCAAUUUCGGCGAGUCUCGAAAAACUAGCUCGCAAGUCGUCUCAGCCAAAAGCGUGAGGGUAAAAACAAAUAACAAAUCCGGCCAACUGGUCUGUUGAAAUAGGUCGUUAUCAGUCGCAUGAGACGCAUAGAGGCGGAAGCGAGCAAAGGCUUAAAUUUUGCAGAAAACAGUGAUAGUUAACAAUUAGACCCAGUAGGAAACAAGAGCUAUAGCGACAAGGCUCAACUAAGACCUUUUUUGACACUGUCGAAGACGUAGAGCUCUUGAAGAAACAGCAGUCCGUUACAAUAAAGGUGCUGGGCAUAAAGGCAAGAGCAGCACGGGAGAGGUUACAACGACGAUAUUGCUACUAUCAAAGCCAACCUGGCGGAGAAAGAGAAAGGGAGAGAACGAAAAAAGUAUAGUUGAAGGAAAAAUUAGCGUCAAAAAGGGACGCGCAAUAGAAAAAAACGAAAGUCUGCAAGAGGGAAAAAGGACAGCGUGAACGCGAGAAGGAUAGUCUUGAAAAAAAUCGAAUAGGAUAACACAGCCACAACACACUACGGAUAUACAGCUUUAUAAAGAAUAUUUACGACGACGGUGACUACGACGCCGACGAGGACAAAUCACGAACCUGAAGCCGCGGCCUGCCACUGACGACCUGCAACUCGUUAGGCUAGGCCGAUCAGGGCUCUUCUGCGGGGACCAAAAGCUGCUGGUCCCUGUCGUUUGUUGUCCUGUUGAUCGGAAUCGUGCAGCCUGAUCAACCCUCCAACCGUGGCGUCCCUAAUAUUCAAACGCCCAUGGAACCAGGAGAAAAUGAGUGGACCGGAGCAAGAAUUGUCGUACCACCACCGGAGGAAGAGGAGACUUCGUCGGAGGCGGACCCGGAGCCCGCAAGGGCGGCCACCGCCGGGCUCAGGAGCAUACACCAGCCGAGUCCUCCCGAGUAUCCGAGAAUCCGAGAACAGCCUGCUGCAGCUGCUGCAGCUGCUGCUGGAAGAAGUCCAACUACAGCCCCAGGUGGUGUGCCCGGUCCGGAGCAGGGCACCAGCUCGAACGUUGCUGGUGAAGCGUCUGCUACUGGCGAAGCGAGUGGCGCACCAGCUGUCGUACAACGGCAACAGCAGAAGCAAUUCGUCGGAGGCGGUGGUGCGGGAUCACCAACAGUUAGCAGCGCUGUCGUCCUCCAACUGCCCUGCCCCCCAACAACAACAAGUACAACAGGAUUACAACGCCAACAGCAACAAGCGACGUCGUCGUCUGUUACGCAGCAGCAACAGCAGUAUACGACAUCAUCGUUAUCAACGGCCAUUUCUACGACAGUUGCUAGCUCAACCCUCGGAGCGGACGCCGCCAGGGGCACCGUCGAUUCCUCUCAGCUGGGUGUUUGCCUCCAGCAAAAACACCUCUCCCUGCGCCACUCUGCGUCCACGCCGUUGCUCUACCAUUCAACGCAGGAGAAUUUCGAAUUUGAGUGCUCCGCCUACAGCAGCAGCAGUCAAACCAGUAAAAGCCCAAGUCCCAGUAGCCCGAGUCCGGGGCCAAACCCCUCUCCAUCGCCAUCUCGAGUUCAGCAACACCGCUUCAACAAAAAAGCCGCAAUCACAGGUGACAAAGACUAUAACCAGCGUAGCUCACCCUCGACAUUAUCCACCGUCUCUGGUACGACCCCGAAGAGGAGUCAUACAGGAAGACUCUCAGCGCAGAAAAAGGCCCAGUUGGGUGAUUCCUCUAGUCAUCCGGAAGACCACACGUUACUUUCACCUCGACACGCUCUUCGUCAAGGACACCAUCGUGCCAGCUCGCCACACACCUACGCCAGCACCGGCGGGCUCAACUUGCUCCCACCGAGCCGGGUUCCCAGCGGCGGACCGGGGCCUCCGUCCGGGAGCGCCCGAUCAAUCCCUCACGCCUCUCUUGCGGCCAGCCGGAGUUCGGAGGCAGUUUCAAGCGGCGAGCAUACCCCAGCAUCCCAUCCGCUCGCGCACAAGCCGCUGUCCCUCAACUGGCAUCGCACCCUCCACGGAUUGGCUAUGAGUCACCGGCCGUCGAACGCCCACGAGGGCGCUACCAGCGCCGCCGAUCCCUCGGUCGCGCCCCCACAUUCCCAUCAACUGGCGCCCCCAAAUGUUCAGAUGCAACAGCAACCAUUGCUCACGCAGAUGUCAACGGUGUCCGGGGCAGCGGCAAUUCCGGGACCAGGCGGUGCCCCGGGAUCUGCCCUGGUCGCACCGGCUCAGCAGGAACGACGUCGACCUGUUCGAAAGGGACCCAAGGUCGUGGAACGACCGCAGCGAGCUCUUUUUUGCCUCACGCUCAAGAACCCCUUACGAAAGUUGUGCAUUUCUAUCGUUGAGUGGAAACCAUUUGAAUUUCUAAUUUUGUUUACGAUUUUCGCAAAUUGCGUCGCGCUAGCAGUUUAUACGCCGCAUCCGAACGGAGAUUCGAAUCAAACCAACUCCACUUUGGAGAAAAUCGAAUACAUAUUUCUGGUGAUAUUUACAGCGGAAUGUUUCAUGAAGAUAAUCGCCUACGGGUUUGUUAUGCAUCCCGGCGCGUACCUCCGCAAUUCGUGGAACUUUCUCGACUUUGUCAUUGUCGUUAUUGGCCUAUUAUCGACGGCCCUGUCAACAUUUAUGAAGGAGGGUUUCGACGUGAAGGCGCUCCGAGCUUUCAGGGUGCUUCGGCCCCUUCGACUUGUCUCAGGAGUGCCUAGCCUCCAAGUGGUGUUGAAUUCGAUCCUCAAGGCCAUGGUGCCAUUGUUCCACAUUGCAUUACUCGUCGUGUUCGUCAUUAUCAUCUAUGCCAUCAUAGGUCUCGAACUGUUCUCUGGCAAGCUUCACAUGCGAUGCCUGCACGAUAUCUCGCAGGAACCGGAGGGCAUGGAAAACCCGUGCGCCAAACCGGGCCAUUCGGGCUACCAGUGUCCUCCAAAUUAUACUUGUCACGACGGCUGGGAGGGACCCAAUUUUGGCAUCACGAACUUCGACAACAUUGGUCUAGCCAUGCUCACUGUAUUCAUAUGCGUAACCAAUGAAGGCUGGACUGGAGUACUAUAUAAUAUGAAUGACGCCGUAGGAAACGAAUGGCCAUGGAUAUAUUUUGUGUCUCUGAUCAUUCUGGGGUCAUUCUUCGUGCUGAACCUCGUUCUCGGUGUAUUAUCAGGAGAAUUCUCCAAAGAAAGGGAAAAAGCAAAAGCCCGAGGCGACUUUCACAAAUUGCGUGAAAAGCAACAAAUUGAAGAAGAUCUUCGAGGAUACCUGGACUGGAUCACACAAGCGGAAGAUGCAGAAGACAAAGAUGAACUAGAAGACGCGGACGCUGUAUUGUCUGUGCUCGAAGAAGGUCUAGAACAGGAGUUAAACGGUAGCGGCGAACUGAGCGAUCAGCAAACGCCCACCUGGUGGGCAACGCAUGCGCGAGACCUCGCUCGUUUAAAUCGACGAUUCAGACGGGCUUGUCGCAAAGGCGUCAAGUCGCAGGCUUUCUACUGGAUAGUCAUCAUUCUUGUAUUCCUUAACACGAUGACAUUGGCGAGUGAGCACCACAACCAGCCCCCGUGGCUCGACGAGUUCCAGGAUUACGCAAACAUGUUCUUCGUCGUUCUAUUUACGAUCGAGAUGCUCAUCAAACUCUACUCGCUCGGAUUCCAGAGCUACUUCGUCUCGCUGUUCAACCGCUUCGACUGUUUCGUCGUGAUCUCGUCGAUACUUGAAACUGCGUUCACAUAUUCACACAUCAUGCCCCCACUGGGCGUAUCCGUACUUCGAUGUGUCCGAUUACUACGCAUAUUUAAAGUUACCAAAUACUGGGCGUCUCUACGCAACCUCGUGGCGUCUCUGAUCAAUUCGAUGAGAUCGAUCAUCUCGCUGCUGCUGCUUCUCUUCCUGUUCAUAAUGAUCUUUGCCCUAUUGGGCAUGCAGGUAUUCGGAGGCAAGUUCAACUUUAACGACAACCAGGAUAAGCCACGUCAGAACUUCGACUCGUUCUGGCAGGCCUUGCUUACCGUCUUUCAGAUUCUAACCGGUGAAGACUGGAACGUUGUAAUGUAUGAUGGCAUCCUUGCAUUUGGAGGAGUGGGUUCCUUUGGAGCCGUUGCUUGUAUAUAUUUCAUCAUCCUCUUUAUCUGUGGUAAUUAUAUUCUUCUCAACGUCUUCUUGGCCAUUGCUGUGGACAACUUGGCAGACGCAGAGUCACUUACGACCAUCGAAAAAGAAGAAGACGAAGAAGAAGACGGAGCUCAGGACGGCAAUCCCCUAAAUCCACCGAACGACAAUACUUCCUCGCCCUGCAGAGGGUCAGCGUCGGGCGAAGGAUCCGGCAAAAAAGUUCGAAUUCAAGAAGACGUCGGUGCGGAUGCUCUCGAAGAUGACAAAUCCAACAUGGAUCACGGAGACGGCGAAUGUUCGGACCCCGAAGAAGAAAUUGAGGAAGGCGAAGGCGAAGACGACGAAGUGGGUUUGGACGGCGAAGAAGGGGAUGAAGACGCCGGUGAGAUGGACGAAGAGGAAAUUGGUGACGAAGAACAGGAACCGACGACAGGCGCAAGACCGCGUCGAAUGUCCGAACUACAACCACCUAGCAAGGUGAUACCCAUUCCGAAAGCGUCGUCAUUUUUUAUCUUUUCGCACACGAACCCGUUCCGGGUGUUCUGCCACACCGUCAUCAACCACUCGUACUUCUCCAACUUCAUUCUGGUCUGCAUUCUCGUCUCGAGCGCAAUGCUGGCAGCCGAGGACCCACUGCGCUCUAACUCAUUUAGAAACCAGGUGCUCAACUACUUCGAUUACUUCUUCACCAGCGUCUUCACCAUAGAGAUCACGCUCAAAGUGAUUACGUACGGUGUGAUAUUGCACAAGGGUUCCUUCUGUCGUUCUUACUUCAAUAUCUUGGACGUGCUAGUCGUGUGCGUCUCGCUCGUCUCCUUCGGCUUUGGUGACGGCGCUAAAAUUUCGGUCGUCAAAAUUCUUCGAGUUUGUCGCGUCCUUCGGCCGUUGCGUGCCAUCAAUCGCGCUAAAGGACUCAAACACGUCGUACAAUGUGUCAUUGUCGCAAUUAAAACUAUUGGCAACAUUAUGCUGGUGACAUUCUUACUGAACUUCAUGUUUGCUGUCAUCGGAGUGCAGCUAUUCAAGGGCAAGUUCUUCGCGUGUAACGAUAGGUCGAAGAUGACCGAGGCUGAGUGUCGUGGGAAGUUUAUAACGUACCCAGAUGGUAACAUUUACCGGCCGAUGGAGGAGGUGCGCCAGUGGAGUCGUUACAAGUUCCACUUUGACGACGUUCCCAAGGCGAUGUUAACGCUGUUCACAGUGUCGACAUUUGAGGGAUGGCCUGACUUGCUCUAUGUGGCCAUCGACUCGAACACCGAAAACGUCGGACCGCGUAUGAACUACCGACCCAUUGUGGCCGUCUUCUUCAUCGUAUACAUCAUCAUCAUCGCGUUCUUUAUGGUAAACAUUUUUGUGGGUUUCGUUAUCGUCACGUUCCAGAACGAGGGAGAACAGGAGUAUAAGAAUUGCGAACUGGACAAAAAUCAGCGAAAUUGUAUUGAGUUCGCGUUAAAAGCACGCCCCGUUCGCCGAUAUAUUCCAAAGGCGAAGUUCCAGUACAAGAUGUGGUGGUUUGUCACUUCCCAGUAUUUCGAAUAUGCUCUGUUCGUGUUGAUCAUGACCAAUACACUCACGUUGGCCAUGAAGUUUUACAAUCAACCGGACGUUUACAGCCAGGUGCUAGACAGGCUAAACAUCAUCUUCACUGCGGUGUUUGCAAUGGAAUUCGUCCUUAAGCUGAUGGCUUUCCGAUUCAAAAACUACUUUUCGGACGCUUGGAACGUGUUCGAUUUCAUUAUUGUGCUAGGAAGUCUAAUCGAUAUCGUCUACUCGGAUCCGGGUAGCAAUAAGAAUCUUAUCUCGAUCAACUUCUUUCGACUGUUUCGUGUCAUGCGCCUGGUCAAACUCCUGUCUCGCGGUGAGGGCAUUCGAACAUUACUCUGGACGUUCAUCAAAUCGUUCCAAGCACUCCCCUAUGUCGCUCUACUCAUUGUGAUGCUGUUCUUUAUCUACGCUGUGAUCGGCAUGCAACUCUUCGGGAAGAUCGGACUAAGUAACAACGAGUCAGCGAUCGACCGCAACAAUAACUUUCAAACGUUCCAGCAAGCUGUGCUGGUGCUUUUCCGGUCAGCGACCGGCGAGUCUUGGCAGGAGAUCAUGCUAUCGUGUGUCAGCGACCACACGGUCAAGUGUGACGAACAAGCAGACGCCGACGACUCCAGUAGUUGCGGUAAUGACAUGGCGUUUAUGUACUUCAUCUCGUUCUACAUUCUGUGCUCAUUUCUUAUUAUUAAUCUGUUCGUGGCUGUCAUCAUGGACAACUUUGAUUAUCUCACUCGAGAUUGGUCUAUUCUCGGACCACACCACCUCGACGAGUUCGUUCGACUGUGGUCCGAAUACGACCCUGACGCUAAAGGCCGCAUCAAGCACUUGGAUGUAGUCACACUGUUGAGGAAGAUCCAGCCUCCCCUGGGAUUCGGUAAACUCUGCCCUCACCGAGUUGCCUGUAAGAAACUGGUAUCGAUGAACAUGCCGCUCAACUCAGAUGGUACGGUUAUGUUUAAUGCGACCCUAUUUGCCGUGGUACGUACCUCGCUCAAGAUCAAGACCGAUGGUAAUAUCGAUCAAGCCAACGAGGAGCUGCGGGCUAUCAUCCGAAAGAUUUGGAAACGAACGUCCCCUAAACUCCUCGAUCAGGUAGUGCCCCCCGCAACCGACGAUGACGUGACCGUCGGCAAGUUCUACGCCACCUUCCUUAUACAAGACUACUUCCGUCGCUUCAAGAAGAAAAAAGAAGACCGCAUUGGCGCUGACGCACAGGAAACAACUGUCGCAUUGCAAGCUGGCUUACGAGAGCUUCAUGAAAUGGGGCCAGAGAUACGAAGAGCCGUGUCUGGGAACCUUGAUCAGGACUUCACCGACGAUCAGCCGAUGCACCGUCGCAACCACUCACUCUUCGGCAGCGUGUGGUCGUCCUUCCGGCACCGCACAACGGGGGCCAAGUCCCCCCGGCAGCUCGGUAACAACGGGGUGAUGCUCCGUAAGGUGUCACCACCUGCAAGCUUACCACGCGCCCUCGAUGUGGCCGAAAGGGGGGAAGCGGCCGCCGCCAUCCCGCUGCAGGUCAAACUGCAGCCUUCUGACAGCCCGCCCUAUUCGUCGGAAUUCGAAGAACUAGGACUGAAUGUUGACACUGCGUUCCUUCAAGGACGACGUCUGUCGUUCUCGCAGCGACUUCUAUCAAGCCUUUCUUUGGGGGGACGAGGCUCGGGUGGUUCUCAGGAGAUGUUAACCUCCCCACAACGGCUGAGUCGAGAGAGGUCCCUGGCAGAGCCCGCUCCCGGCCGAAUCCUCUACACCGCUUCGAGCGCCACACACGUGGCCGCCGGUAGCGGGACCUCUGUCGAAACCACUGAAGCUAUUCACGCUGCAGCCGCAGCGGCCGCCACACAACUUUCCCUACCUACUCCACAGCAUUCCAAGCAGGCGGCAGCUGGCGGUUCGCAUCACCAGUUGUCUUUGCCCCUACACUACUACGAGCAGCCCACAAGGACUGCAGCAGGCGCAAUUACAGUAAUGCAUCAGCAUCCAACAACAACAAGGUCUAUUGCAAUUACAACAAGUCCGGAAACGCACUCGGAGGCCACCAUGGCAACAGCAGCACCAAUCGCAAUUUCCUCAGUAUCAACAGCGACAGCCAUAUCACCAGUUAUUACAUUAAUACAACACCAUCAUCAACAACAACAGUUUCUACAUCAGCUACAGCAUCAGCAACCCAAAACAGGAAAUUACCGCUUAGUGACUAACCUGCAACCACCUGACAUUGAGACCAACAUUGUUCAGUACUUGCACUCGUUGAGUGCAAGUCACUCCGCUUCAAGAACCGUGUAUGGAACGAGCACUGACGACGAUACGGAUGAAGACUGGAAGUCGACAGCUACAAGUCGGCGCCGAUCACCAACCCUCCCGAUUAUUUAUACACCUCAAUCAUAUAGCUCAUCUUCAAAUGCUCACUUGACAUCAUCUCACGAGACUCUUCAAAGUUCGGGCGAGUUGCUUGCGGCUCGCCCUAAAAUUAGGAGGCACAGCAGAGGGGGAUCUUUUCGGUUGGGCUGCCUUGCAAAGCAGGACUCCACGGACCAGGAGCAACUGUCCAUCUCUGAUUGUAUGCUAAAUAGGAGUAGCUCCUCUGGCCAAUCGCACCUGACGACGGCCUCCAACUCACCCCAGCUUUCCACUGUGCACAGGGUCGGAGUUUCAGACCCGCUUGGCACUGUGCCGGCGGCAGCUCUAGCGGCCACCAAGCUGGAGAAGCUCGGAGCCGUUUUACAGGAGCAGACACGCAGGCUCGAACAACCAUCACCACAGCAACACCAACAGCAGCAGCAACAGCAGCAGCAGCAGCAGCAGCAGCAACGACAACAACAGCAGCUCGCUCCCAACAAGUUCCUUCCGGCACACCGGGCCUCCUACCACGGGCAGAGGCCGCACAUUCAGGCCACUCUAGAUCCUAACGUCGCACACUCCGGGGCUCACACGCUCGCUGGCAGCGCUGAGAAUCUCGUGGGCCGAGUGCUGCAUGAGCAGGGCUUAGGCAAGUUCUGUGAUUCCGACUUCGUGCGAGCCGCCCAGCGGGAGCUCGCCGAGGCAUUCAACUUGACGCAAGAGCAGAUGGAUCGUGCAGCCCAUGAAAUUCUUCAGGCCGAGUCCAGGCGUCGCUCAGUGCCUUCGGGCCAACCUGGCCAGCCAAAUCCGACUAAUUCCACCCAACUGUAGAUGCCCCCUCUCACCCUGUCG